UGCGACCCUCUCAGCAUUCAGGACCAGAGUGUGAGGGGAUCCGACUAUUCCGCACUUUAGCGAAUCAGAAGUUUUCUUCCUGCUUCAACUCUACAUUCUCAUCUGCAUCCCCCCCUCCCUUUGCUGACUGCUUGCUGAUUUGCUUCCCCGGGGGAACUUGACGGGAUCAGAAGAGGCUGCCGAGCGUCCAUCGACUUGUGGAGCGGACACAGGUUUGCCAGAGUCGUCAUGGCUGUGUCCCAAGAGCGGAUUGUGUGUCUGGGGCUCUGGGUGCUCCUUUUGCUCGGUGCAGGCAUGGAGGUAGCAGUGGAGGGAUGUAGCUGCCACCCAGCACACCCACAGCAGCUAUUCUGCAGCGCUGAGAUCGUGAUAAGGGCAAAGAUCUCCGGAGAGAAGAUAGUGUCUCCUAGCAACAGCUCCUCACCUUACAUGAAGAUGAUCCAAUAUGAAAUCAAAAUGAUCAAGAUGUUCAAAGGCUUCGAUAAGGCCAAGGAUAUCCAGUAUGUGUACACUCCAGUCUUCUCCUCACUGUGUGGAGUCAAACUGGACUACAACAAUAAAGCAGGGUACCUUCUCUCAGGGAGCAUGUGGAUCGAUGGGAGGAUUUCUAUUGGCCAAUGCGACAUGGUCGAGUCGUGGGACAACUUAUCACUGUCACAGAAGAAGAACCUCAACUACAGAUACCAGAUGGGCUGUGAAUGCAGAAUCAACACUUGUUAUACGGUGCCGUGUGCGUCUACAGGGGAAAACGAGUGCUUGUGGACUGACUGGCUGCUGGAUAACAGCCUUAACGGGGAGCAGGCUCGGCAGUACGCCUGCAUCCGCCGCUCCGACACAACCUGCAGCUGGUACCGGGGUGGACCCCCGCCUGAGAAAGACUUCUUGGAGAUGAGUGACCCCUGACUUGUAAUUUCCCUCCCGUAACGCCUUUCCUGCUUCGUGCUUAUGUGGCUAUAAUAUGGCGAUUUCACUGAAUAAAAAAAAUUGGCAGAUUUUUAUGUUCGAGGGAGCUUAACUCACUGCCGAGCUUCUGUUAGCUGAGAUCAGGUGGUUUCUACAGCAGUGCUAGCCAACGUUUUAUUAUCUGCAGGGGCUUUCAGCAGACCUCUGACUCAUUUUCAUGCUCUCACACAUUCCACUUCACUCGCUGUUUUCAACAGAAUAAGAAUAUGUGAAGACCUUUCACUGCACAUCAUUCAACCCAGUGAUUCUGCUCUCUAACAUCUCUGUGGAGAGAGAAUAAAUAACCUUUGCAAAAGAAAAAAAUGAAGGACCUCAUAUUUUUGCAUUCAUAACUUAGAAAGAGUUACAUAGUAAUCUGAGCUAUUUUUCUUAAAGAGGUAAAGGGAAGGCGGACAUUUACAGUAAAAUAAUGGGGGAAGUAGAGGAAAAAAAAAGAUGUCAACUUCUGCCACAACCCUGCUUAGCAAAGUUUCCUUUACACCCUGUCCUCAGAAAGUCUGUGCACACAUUUUUGCAGGUAGAGCACUCUCCCCUUUUCUGUUGUGGAAUGUUUACCUUUAUAUCGAAAUAACUGUCCCAUGCAAAUGAAAAUGAACUGUACUGAUAACAAGGCAACAUCUGACGUCCAGACAUAUAUAUUAUAUAUGACCAUCAAUAUCAUCCAUCUAAAUCACAACAGUUUAAACUCUCAAAUUUCUGAGACUGUAAAUAUUGUAUUUCAGUGAAAAUUAACGUUUUAAAGGCUAACCGGAUCUUGUCCUAUAGCGUGUAGAGGUUUUAUCCUGUGUGUGUGUUUAGUUUCCUUGGUUAAACUCCAUUGCUAUUUCCUGUGCCAAAAAAAGCUAAUCCAGCGCCUUAACAACAGCACUGCCCCCUGUAGAAGCCACACCCUGUCUCCUUUAAGGAAGUGAUGUAACAGGACAGGGUUCAAUUCAUUAUUCUAAUUCAUGAUUUCUGGAAGUGGGUUCUCCCCAAGCUUCAAGUUCAAGAACAGAUUGUAAAAACGUUGGCCUAUGAUAUGAACCAAUUAGAGGACAAAUAACUCCUCGUAAAUGAGUUAAUGAUUAACAGGGAUGCAAACAACUCAGGGGCAGGUGGUUUGCAAAACCUCUUUAAUGAGGAAACUACAUUGAUCAAAAAACUCUACUCAGCUGUCAGGACCUCACAUCACACGGUUGUUUAUUCUCGUCUUACUGGAGACACACUCGCUCUCUCCCUGCUCUGUCAGUACGGAACUAUUUGUUGUUAUUAACGUUUCAAUUCGAUCACAACACAAGCUGAGCUCCUUCCAAUUAGCCCUUGAUCUAUCUAUAUUUCUGUGUAUGCUUAGACAAUAUAAGCACGGCUGAUAGUUACCUGAACAAUUUGCUUCAGGAUUUUGAGACAAAUUCAUGAUACAACAGUUUAGACAUUUAUCUAAAAGGGACCAAAGUUACUUGUGAUGUAGUUCAACUGAACGCUUGUUACAGUAGCCUAAUCAUGUCUCUUUAGAAGCAGGCAAAUGUCAAGCUGACUGAGAAGGACACGUGCUGACCUGGAAAUACCUUGUGACAGUUUCUGUUUAAUAGAUGUGGUUAAAUGUCAUAUCUAACUCCUGUCCUAAUUGGUCCAUCAGGAGUUGCAACAGCGGUAAAGAGCAGGAACACAUUCAUUUUUUAUUCACUCCCCUCGUCUCCCACCUGUCUCCCUUUCUUCCCCUGAUGAGUUUGCAUCCCUGGACUUAAGACAUUAUUUAAUAUAAAGACUCAAUGUCCCAAAUCUUGAAUUGACCCCUGUCUUGAUACUGGAUUACUUUGCUGAAGUCAUACAGAUCAAAACACUUUUUCAUGCGUUAGCAGAGAAAAUUACAAAGAUCCUAUUCGGGUCAUUUUGAACUUUAAAAUAGAUUCAUUCCAACCGCACAAUGCAGUCAUUUGUUAUAUUGGGAAAUGUGUUAAUUAAAUACAGAUAAUGAAUUAUAAUUGUAUGGCUUUAGCAAAGAGCUAUCAAACUAUUUCAUGUUUGUUUUAUACUGAACAAAUUGUUUUGGUUUGUAUUUAUGUGUCUGUUUCUGUCUAAAUAGAGUUUUUUUUUUAUUUCCAUGU